AGAAAAUGUUACUGUUAUGUUUGUUGACAAGAAGACAACGUAAUCAAACAAAUUCAGACGACAAUAUAUUUUGGCUUCUAUAAAUGUCGGGAAGUGACGCCAUACCGGUGUCCUUCUUGGAGGACGUUUGCUACAGAUUUACAAACUUGGUCUGUCGUAUCUCGAUAGUGGACGGUUAUAGCGAAGUUCAAGUCACGGGAUUUCUCGUCGGACGGGAUUUUGUGCUGAGUGUUUAUCACGUGUUUCAUGGAGUAAUAGAAUCCAACACGAAGCGCGCCAAAAUAUUUGCAAUAUUUGGAUUUAAAGGCAAAUCACUGACAGUGGGUCAGAAGCAGUACUUCUUUUACAACACCCCGGCCUAUAUCAACCCUGAGUUAGAUGUCAUUAUUCUCCAUCUGAAACCAGAUACUGGAUUACCAACUGGAUGUGUCUUAACAAAAGAGAGUUUGUCUUCUCACGAAAGAAUCACAUUUGUUGGGCAUCCAUAUGGAGAACCACAAAAAAUUUCCGUUGAAUGUCCAAUUUUGACACCUGAACACCCGAUUGUUGUGGAAUCCAGUGAUUACUUCCGCCGACAGUAUGGACCCGGGGGAUUUCAAGGAAUGAACGACCCUCACUCUGUUUUGGUUCAAUCCAGGGUAGGUGGGGGAGCUGCUGGAUCGCCUGGCUUUGUGCAACGCGGAAAUACGUCACUAGCAUGCAUGCUAACUAUGGCGUACCCGACCUUUCGCGCCCAACUUCCGCCUCGGGAUUUAAAUUAUACAUUUGAAAAAGCUGUAACUAUGGAUUCGCUGUACAGCCGUUUAAAAAUUGACAAUCCACGAUUGUGCUUCUCUAUUUUCUGACUGCACAUCAUGUCAUUAUGAUACAAAUUUUGAACUUUAUUUUUCGACGCUUUGGGGAACAAUUUGAACCUAGUUUCGCAUGUAUCAAAAUUCUGUACUGAAAUACAAUGUAUAUGGAGAUAACAAACAGUACCCAAGCUCAAAAGUUCUAUAAGCAAUACAAACUUCUGAACAAAAAUUAUGAUCUAUUUAAAUCCAAAUAUUAUCAAGUUUUGUGAAGUCAUAUGCCAAAAUGAUGUUGCUUCUUUGAAAAAAAAAUAUGUACAUUUAUUUCUAAAAUUAAUAGUAUUGUCUGUUCUCCUUAGUUAUCACGUUCUGCUUGACCCACUUAUUAUAUGUAUAUAUGUUUUUAUACCUCAUGUACCAUUUACAUGGUUUUGAGUUAAUAAAUUUAAUUGAACUCACUAAAAAAAUCAUAAGAGCAAGGGAUGGAUUUAAUUUCCUUUUAAUCUUUAAAAAUUAUACCACAAAAUUUUAAUCACGCGGAUUUCUUCAGGUGGAUUCAACAAAUCACAAUCAUGGCAUUAUCCUUUAUUUAUUAAAUUUAAUGUUUUUGAAUAAGAGGAAGUAAACAUUUUUAUUAAAUCAAUGUAUUUUGUGAUUAGCUUAUAUUCUUACUGUCUUACAGCGUGGGCAUUAGAGCUAAUUAGGAAAAUGCAGUAUCUUGGAAUCAGAUUUGAUUUUCUAGCAUAUUUACAUAUAUCGUUUAAAGUGAUGGAUUAAGAUACGAAUCAUCUUCCACUCCUACCAGUAACAAAUCCACCUCUACUAG